CCUUCAAUCUUUUUUGCGUCACAGACCAGUUGAGACAAGCACAUGCUGUUCGCGGAUCGGCAACCAUUGCUUUUAAUUUGCCGGUUCUUAAAGCACCGGUACUGACAAAAAUUAUUAUAAUUAAACAUUUUAUUGAACUAGAUUUUUUAAAAUUAAUCUCAAACAGUGUUAUUCUGCUGUGCAACAAAUGCAGAAUAACAUCAAAUAACACGGUGAUCUACUAAGAAAUGGACCAAUCGGGAAUUAUAAAUACGCCUUAUAAGGUAAACGUAUUAAUAAUAAGUUAUGAUCCUACAUCCGCCGUUAGCAUCAUUGCUCCUUGCAAAUGUGACUGAUCAAAAGAUGACACCAUUGAUUGCUGCUUUCAUCCGGUGGCUGCCGGCUGUAUACUGUACUUUGCUCACAUUUUCAUGCUUUCCACUUGAUCACUCGCAUGCUACUUGUUCAAAUGAUUCAACGGGUUUCUUGUAUGAGGGGAAAAUACACACACUUGGCCAAAUAAGCCAUUUUUCCUUCCUAUGUCAUGUGACACAUUAAGGUUAAAAGGUCUCUGGUGUGACUAGGAAGGCAGUAUGCUGGAUUUGGUGUCAAAUAAACCUCAAGAAAUAAACUCAAUACUCAGCCAUUAUGGUUCAAGAUGUAUUUCUGAUUUUUAAAAAAACAAACCGUCUCAUCAAGCCGGGGUUGAAAACUCAAAAGUACCUCGGGUCAACUGCCAACAGUCGUCCAAAAUCUGUGACAUCUAGAUCUCCAGAUUGUCGUAGAUUUCGAGCAGAGUCCUUUCUCCUUCUGUGUUUGUGAGAGAUUUUAUUUUAUUUUUUAGAUCCCUCGUGUUUAAAUGACUAGUUGAUUUUAUAACAACGCAAGUGAGCGGCUGUUGAGCAUACUCCAACGGUCACUUAUUGCAUAGAAGCAUGUGAUACAAAUUCGCAGCAUGUGGUGGAUUAAUGCAUUUAAUGCUUGGUAGCUGACUGCCCCCCACGCCCCUCCACCCCCUGUCCACAUGUUACUGCAUCAUGAGGAGAUUACAGUCGGGGACAAGCCAUGCCCAAGCAGGAACCUACCAUCACUCUCAAAACAUGGGGGCAGUGUUCCAUGUGAAAAACACGGCUCGACGCCAAGCAUUUCCCAUGAAAUAUCAUCCCUUUUGAGUACAAAGUUAUUUCCGGUGGAGUAAAAAUAAAAUAAAUUAAAACAAAAAAGACUUCCACUUACUGCACCGGAUUAAGCAAGCAGAGAUAUUUUCAUCUGAGGGAAAGGGAAAGAGGGGACAGCAGGUGGGCGAGUGAGGAGGUGGAGGGGGAGGUUGUGUGACUACAGAUGUUGCCCGUCUAAAUGUUUCGCUUUGCACAGAAAUAUAUUUAGCUGAGUUUGCGAGAGUGCCUGUGACAUACAAGGGAAAUGGAAUGGGUGGCAAAGAAAGAAUGAAAAGAGGGAAAACGGGGGAACCGAUGAACAGCAGGGAAUGAUGGCUUUGACUUGUCUCGGGAUUGGCUGCGUCCCUGUGCCAUCGAAAGCCGUGUCAAACUUGGAUAUCGAGAGCAAGCUGUCAGUUCACUACCAGGCUCCAUGGCACCAACAACACAACGUGUUCCAUCCGUGUACUCGACCACCGUGUCUGGAGGAACUGCACAAAAACGCUCAGUUCAGCCUCCGAGCCCUGCACAGAGACGAAAAACAGAACCAGCGGCCUACGAGUCGGGAGAGGAACAUGGUGACUAUCUCCAUCUCAACGGUGCCCGCUAUACCCACCUUCCCCUCACCACAUUCCAUCAGACGGCAACAGAGAAGUCGGCUGGCGCGAGCGCAAGAAAGAGAAGAGCGAGAGCGAGAGUUAGACUAUCAACCCAGGAAGGAGAGGACGGUGAGAGAAACGGAAAUCCAAACCGUUCCAAGAAAAGAGAGACCAGGGCGAGAAGCAGAUAGUCACGCCAUACAAAGAAAGUUUGAGUGCUUUUACUCACUUCAUCCUAUUGAGGGAUGCAUCUUCAUUCCCUGGAAUAGAAAGGCUACCUCAACAGGCGAGGGAGACGAUGAUGAGGUGUUAACAGGUCACAAAACAAAGACCUUAGCACCUGCUGUCCCCGCCACCCCGGACAACGAGACCAAAUGGUCGAAGGAAAACGUGUCCCACUCCGAUCAGAAGACAACUUCGGAUGAUUCUCGUGCCGUCUCCUCCUGUAUUAUCCCGAUUAACGUCACAGGAGUUGGAUUUGAUCGAGAAGCUAGUGCACGUUGCUCCCUUGUCCAUUCCCAGUCGGUUCUUCAGAGAAGAAGAAAGCUGAGGAGGAGGAAGACCAUCACUGGAAUACCCAAACGAGUACAACAGGACAUGGACUCCGAUGAAUCACCGGUAGCAAGAGAGCGGACAGUAAUUGUCCAUGCCAAUCCGCACCAACUCUCGCUGUGUCACGAAGACUUCUCAAUUAGUGGUCGCCCUCACCACACUCGAGACUCUGGCUGCCAAACAGAUGAUUUCCUCAUAGCAUGUACAGCUGCUCCUUCCAGGAGGCGCAUCAGAGCUCAACGAGGCCAUCAGGGAAUCCCAGCAUCUCUUUCCCACUCAACGGGCAACAUUUCUUCCCUUGGUGACCAGUCUGACUCGACAUACACAAGUACCACAACCCACACUGGACGUUUGCGAUCUCGUAGCCUCCCACGAGAAGGUGGACGCCUGAUGGAUAGUGAUGAGGAUGACGAUGACAAUUACGAUGACGAUGAUGACGAGGAUGAGGAAUUGUCACCAUACGAACCAGAGGAUUUUAUUCCACCCGGUCCGAGUCCGAGGCUGAAGAUGAUGAUGAUGAAGGAUGAAGAAGAGAGCACCGAUGACCAGGCGGCUCCUGAGUCACUGCAACUUGGAAGCCUAAAACGGUUGCAACGGUCUGGGGAAAGAGAUCGAGGAGAAGGGAGCCCAGAUCAUUGCUGGAUGGAGAGAGGCCGUUCUCGUUUGCCUCGCAAAGCUGACAUGGGCAGUUGCGAGAUCUCUUCGAGUUCCGAUACAUUUAGUAGCCCAAUUCACUCUGUGUCUACAACAGGAGUGCUGAGUAGCCAUGCAGACCACAAGGAAGACCAUCAGUCCUCUAGUGGAAAUUGGAGCGGUUCCAGUUCUACCUGCCCAUCCCAAACCUCUGAAACCAUCCCCCCGCCUUCUUCUCCACCACUUACGGGCUCGUCACAUUGUGACUCGGAGCUGUCACUCAACACUGUUCCCAAUGCCAUGGAUGAGGGGUUUUCACUGGAUCCCACGUAUCAUUCUGAACUGAGACCCCAAGGACCAGGCCACCGGUCAAACUCAUUCACGUCCUCAGCAACAGACCAGCUGGAUGAUGCAGGGGUCAGUACCGCCAGUGAGGGGGAAUGGGCAUAUCCUCCAGACCAGGACCAGCUUGACCCAGACCUAUAUCAUGACCAGACUCAAAACGUAUGUCAAACCCACAGCUAUAGCUCCAAAGAAGCUCUAGAAGACCAAACGUGUUUCAGUGAAAAUACCAACAACACUGACAAAGACACUGGCUCUCCGUGCUCAUCUGACACGGGGGGUUUAUACACAUCUGAGCAAUUUGGCAAGAGUAAUCAGAGACACUACAUAUAUAAUAACUAUGCAGACCAGGGGACCGAUUGUGUUCAAUCCAAAAUUGUGGCAGCACAUCCCAUUUCCCAAGGAGUUUACUCCUCAGCCUCGUCUGACUACAAAACAGGCACUAUGACGCUGGGGAGGCCCUGUCGUCCACUGAGGAAACCCAAACUAAAACCACCUCCACCUAUGCGAACGUCCUCCCUGAAAGAGGCUAAUAGUAGUGUUGAUGUUGGAACAGACACACAAGUAGAUCAAGACCAACCAAAGAUGGUGAAUGAACAAGACCUGCCACUGUCUUCCACAGAUAUGAAGUUGGAACUCGAACUUGGGGGCAUUCCAGAACCUUUAGAAGCGUCUUGUCUUGUGGCAGAGCCUAUGGGAACUUGGGUUAUGGGACUGGGAGAAACUGUGGAUCUAGUGGAGCCCAUGUCCUUCAGCUCAGCAGAUACACACUCGUUUAAGGAUGAAGGAGCUGUGCAAUCUGACUAUGCAGACCUUUGGCUUCACAAUACAGAGAUGAAGUCCAACAAUUGUGAGUACAAAUCCCUCUCUAACUCCAGCACGGCGACAGACACAACUGUCAUGGAUUGUAUCAAGUCACCGGACAGCUCAUCCUCCACUGACACACAAUCGCAGACUCUUUCCCAGUCUUCUGAGAUGCGAGCUGCUAGUCCACCCCACCUGCCUGGAGAAUUCAAACUUGGGUCACCGGAGAAGUUGGCUGGUCUGGCAUCACCAUCCAGUGGUUAUUCAAGUCAAUCAGAAACACCGACCUCUACUGUGCCCUCCACCUCAGCAGCGUUCUUUCCAGGCCCGAUGUCCCCUUCAACGGGCAAAAGAAAGCCCAAAGUGCCAGAGAGAAAGUCCUCUCUUUCAUCCUCGCAACACCUUCCGAGAGACGGACCUUCAAUUGCCUCCAAUUACAAGAGAGACCCAGAUUUCCCACCGCCACCUUCUCAGCUUGAUCUUAAUAUUAUUCACGGUGGCUAUGUCAGACACACGCUUUCACACAGAACGCAACACCUGCACACACUUCACCACAGCAAACACAGAGUAGCAAACGUUAUUCCCACUGGAACAAAGCUGUCGGUCCCUGAGACAUUAAAUAGCAACCCUCCACCGUGUGCAAACACUGCUGCUUUGAUUCCUAGCUCUCAUAUGUUGACCAUAGCUCCAUCAAUUUUACGUUCAGUGCAGCUUCACUCUGUCAGUAAAUCUAGUAAUAAUGUGACCAGCUCAGGCCUGGAAUCUGCCAGUGGAGCAGCAACUGUUACCAAACCCAAAUGUUCGACUAGCGCCGCAACUCUAGCCCCACCCCCAAUGAACACUAGGCCACUUCCUCCUCGGCGACCACCUCCCAGGCCUCCAUCGCAGGACCACAACACCUCCCCUGAUCACUCUCAGCCAACUCCCCCUGGACGUCACCCCGAUGGGCCUCCUUCGUAUGAAAGCCUACUACUCAGACAAGAUCGGUACGGGCCCGGAACUUUCUGGUCGAUGACAGCGUUCAGGACUCGUAUCGACCCAUUUUCAGAACUCUCUGAUGACAGCUCGCCUUUGCAUCGGCCAGUGCCACGUGCUCCUCACCCUUCGCCAGUGGAUCUACACACACAUAUCCGCUCACACACAGAAUUUAGAGGGCUGACACAUUCAGCUCACACACACCCAGAGUUUCGGAUCUUGGGGGAGCGUUCUUUUUCCCAAGAUGAUGAUGAUGAGGAGGAAGAUGAGGAAGAAGAAGAAACAGUAAAAGAAUCACAGAGGGCCACAUGUCACAGGGUGGGCAUGCGAACAGAUCACCCUCCCCCUCCAGCCUAUGAGUUUGCCGGAGGAUUCCACCUGGACUCAGGGCCCUGGACUAGUCCAGUCAAAGUGCCUGGUACCACAGUGGAGACAUCGCACCCUUACCUAAUCAGCGAUGCCAGGAGGAUAAGACAAGUGGUGCAGGAUGAACAGGAAGAGACAUCAGGUGCUACCAGAAGUGCCCAUCACCUGCUGCCACACGACAAUAAAGACGACUCCACCACUCCUGACACAGAAGACUAUUUCAGUAAAGAUUCCACACCCACUGACAACUCACUUUCCCCUUUGACGGAUGACGCCAAAGUUGAUGACGAUAUCACAACAUCACCCAACAAGUCCAGAACCACUGAGGAUUUGUUUGCCAUGAUACACAGAUCCAAGAGAAAGGUCCUGGGCCGUAAAGAUUCGGGAGACUUAAAUGUGAAGUCUCGUCUCUGCACCACAGCACCAGUGAACCCUGACAGUGUCGUCACCAAUGCCAUUAUGCCACCACCCCCUCCACUCAACCCCCCAGCCACCAUAGCCACUGCUUCCGGGUCACAACGUGUCCCUGUUCCAAUCUAUCGCAGCGCCAAGAAAUCCAGUACAUCCAAUGAAGAGUUUAAACUCCUCUUGCUUAAGAAAGGCAGCCGAUCUGAUUCCAGUUACCGCAUGUCAGCCACAGAAAUUCUGAAGAGCCCUAUAACUCCAAAGAGCCACGGGGAAUCCAUUCCGGAAGGCCCCAUUGGCCAAGCCGAAGAGACCCCCGCAGUGCACCAGGAGCCGCCACUCUCCAACUUGGACCCAAUCCAGAUACCAGGCCUCUUUCCCAGGGCCAACUCUGAGAGCUUCACCCCCAAAAUCCUGCCUAUGACCGCUGCAUCUCGACAGGGACGAUCUCGGGUCCCACCAGUAGCCAACAGUAGUCGCUAUAGUACUCGUAGCCGCCUCUACACUGCUCCCAUGCAAGCCAUUUCUGAAGGGGAAACAGAGAAUUCAGACGGAAGUCCCCAUGACGACAGAUCUUCGUAGAAUUUGUUGACAUAUAUACUCUUUUUGGAAAUGGCCCUCUUACUACUUUUAUAAUAUUGGGUGCGUCCUGAUGCCUUUUAUCGAACGGACGCCAAAAUCAAACUGUUGCGAAAAUGUAUUCGGAACUGUCGAGUUUCAGAUGUUGUGAGGAACACAAUGACAAAGGGUCAUCUACAAAAAAAAGGUUUACCUUCAAACCAUAUGAAAAGGAUAGCUCCUUGGUAGAUAAAAUAUCUAUUUUGAUUGAACUCUCUUUUAUAUACGUUUAAAAAAAAGGAAAUUAAGUCGCAAAAGAAAGAAAAGACAUGACAUUUUGUGAAAGAACUGCAUGUACAAGCACAUGCAAUGUUCACUGCUAUUUGUACUUCCUGUCUUGUUUGGUGUGGGUGUGUGUGCUGUUGAGGAACUGCUUUCUUUUGAAAUUAAAAUUAAAAUUUAAUUUAAAAAAAAUAUAUAUAUACAGUAUAUAUAAUGCUCUUCCAACUGUUGGUGCCCAAGCAGUAACCAGACUUUGCAGUGAAGCGCAUUAUAAAUAUUCCUGCCGACAAGCAAAGUUUAUCUUGUGCGUAGGUUACAAAACGGUCCCAACACAAAACCAAGUUGUUAUUUCUGUCGGCAGACUUGGGAUCAGGAGCAUAGCAUAAAAGACGACCACAUAGUUCUUUACAGAAACCAUAUCAUAAAAUUUAAUAUGAUGCAUGUUUUUUUGUAAAACGUCUCCAAACAUGAUGCUAAAGUUUCAUCGUGUUGCAUGACCCGAAUGGAAACAUCCCCCUAGUUUCUCAACUGUCUGAACAUUUUGUGGUUCCUUCGUAUCAUACGGAAAACGAUCCUGUGAAAUGUUUUAGCGACUGAUUUAUUUAUAAAACACUUCCAUUGAUCCAAUUUAAUGUUUUGUUUUUUUCUGGGAUUUUAAGUAGUAGACGGGGUCCAUUUGUGGAAGACUAUGGGACAAUCGCAGUGGCCUUUCUUUGCUAGAUUUGCUUGUGUUCAGUGUGAUUGACUCUACAUGGACCCUGGCCAGAAAUAUAUUUGAAAUGAAACUUCAAACCAUGUCAUGCUAUUGUAACUUGAAGUAGAAAAUUAGCAUUUGGAGGCGAUUUUAAAGGCACCAUUCAGUUCAAAUGGUGAAAAGUACUUUAGAGGGUCCUAAAUCGUGUUGUCCAGAGAGUCAUUUGCGAAGCUUUCCAAUAAACGACCUCUCUUUUGCACUUGAUAAUUCUUCAAGAAUAUUCAAAAGAAGUUAUAUCUUAUAAUAAAAUUCCAUAUGUCUAUUUGUAUUGAAUAUAAAGUCAUAUCUAUAUAAAACAAUGAGAGGACAUUUUUAACAAGAGUGUAGCAAAGAAGAACAGGUCUCACUGACAUGACAUACAAUUCUUAACAAUGAAAACUGUUCUCUCCUCGUUGCCUAUCCUUCAUUUGCACUGACCCAGUAGCACCAGACAGGUGAGAGCUCAAUGCGCCAUUUUAUCUAACUUGACAAAUAUUAUACAAGUUGAACAUCCUCCCCAAGAUUUAAACUUUGGACACCAUUUACAUACCAAGGUUACCUUCCUUUUCCAAUUAUAGUGGAGCAGUACAUUUAGAGAAUCAAUGAGAGCAGUUAUUCAAAUGUUUUACAUCAAGUGCCACCUAAAAAUUUACUUAGCCCCCUCAAGUACCAUCGUCAUGACCAACAUUAAUCCUUCCGUGCAUCCUGUAACCUGAUAACACGAUAAGCUGUCCAUUAUAGUAACCAUCCCUGAAAGUGUUCAAAUAUGGCCCAAGUGUUCAUUAUCAAGUAUCAAAGUAUUGCACAUGGGGCUCUAAACUGUUUUAUUUUGAUAUUUGGGGGGGGGGGCAUUUACAUCUCAAUCUAUUUUGUUUUUAAACAAUGUCGAGCAUUUGGUUCAUUGGUAAUUGUAAGAUAUUUUUUCUUCCCCUUAACAAAAUUAAAAUGUGCAUUUACAACAGUAAAAGUACUUCCAUUUCUCAGAAUGAGUAGCAAAUUUUAUGCUCUCCUUCGCUUCCUGAAGUAACGCCAGAAUAGAAAGGAGCUGAUGUUAGCAGUGCUCAUCAGCCAUCUUAUCUGCCUCAUAACCGAGUCUUGAAUAUUUAUUCAGCAAACGUAGACACACUAAUUUCCGUGGCUUGUUGCAAAAUUUGAGGGAUGGGUGGCUCUCCCCUAAAUGUGAUAUCAUAUUGGUUGUAUUGCCUCCUCCAGAAGCCACUUUUCAAACGAAUGUUAUGCAUGUCCCUCCUCUACCAUGCUGCGGUACCUGAACAUUUCCUUAAACAGACACAUUUUUUGUCAAGGGGAAAGGUCAUCGGGCUCAUGCACUGACUGCUCACACCAACAAUGAGAGGCCGAGGUGUCGUGUCGCUUUGCCUGCAGUGACGUGGUUUUGAAAAUGUGACAUUUUAAAACCUUGAUAUACCUUGAAACCGGUAAUUGGGCCAUGCCUCUUGUGAACCAUUGAUACAUUAUGCACAAUUUGCACAUUUACGCUGCACUUAAAUAUAGAACAUAAAAAAACUACUUGUUGGUUCAAUUCAAAUGUAUUGCACAUAAAAGCAGACCUAAAAAAACGAAGAAACAAUUGCUAAAAAUCAAAUGAAUUCAACCUCACAGUGAAAUACAACUGAAGUGAACUAGUGAUGUGAUUCUUUCUUGCACCACUAGAGGGAGAUAACAGCUUGAUCUCUCACCUGCCUAUCACAGCAAACGUUACCCACAUUCAGAGACCGCACUUCAAUCAAAACCAUUCACUGUAUUCUGUGAAUACUUCGCCAAACAUUUUGUUGUUUUCCUGUAAAUGCUGGAUAGAUAGAUAGAUAGAUAGAUAGAUAGAUAGAUAGAUAGAUAGAUAGAUAGAUAGAUAGAUAGAUAGAUAGAUAGAUAGAUAGAUAGAUAGAUAGAUAGAUAGAUAGAUAGAUAGAUAGAUAGAUAGAUAGAUAGAUAGAUAGAUAGAUAGAUAGAUAGAUAGAUAGAGAUAGAGAUAGAGAUAGAGAUAGAGAUAGAGAUAGAUAGUAGACCAACACAUGUUCAGCAAACCUGAACUACAGAAGUGACACUGUGUAACUUGGAGUGAGUAAAAAGCUGUGAAUUGCGCAAAUUUUACAUUCAUGACACUCACAUGGCUUCAUGGCACUUGUUCUUGACCAUUGUUUUAUUUGUUGUGUUUUCUAUCACAUGCAAUAAGACACAAAUGAAAAAAGAAGGGAAAAAAAACGACUCCACCAUAUGUGUAUUUUUUAAUCUGAGGGAUGUCUCCAAAUGAGAAAAGAAUUUGUAUUUUCUGUUCUAAUGUCAAGUUCAAUAGUGUGUUCAAUAGAUGUACAAACUGUCUGGCUAAUUCUGUUCUGUAUAGUUGUGAUCACAACAGGGGUUUAUCUUGUACUGUAUAUCUUACUCACUGGACAAUCAUAUGUUUUAAGAGACUGAAAAGAAAAUUCUAUCGAGAAAUCAGAACACUUGUGGUGCUGGGUCCUAGACUUGCUUGAGCCGCAAAAGUUGGUCUGGGAGAUAUUUUUACUUUCAAUUGGAAAAGGACAGCUUGAAAAAUAAAUGAGUGACCGUAAAAGGCUCAAAAGUGACUUGUAAAAUAGUCAUUCUACUUUUGUUAUUCUUAAAACUUGAAUUCCCAUUUAAUAUUGUAGGCAAUGGAUGUGAAUGGGUUAUUUCUCCGUCACUUGAAGAAUGCAAUGUGAAGAUUCUAUUUUAAAACUUGGGAAAAAAACAAACAAACAAAAGAACACAUAAAGCUUUGAAGAUUUGUCAGGUGUGUUCGUUUUCGACGAGUUUGUAUUAUUUCUCAAUUCAGUGGGUACAUGACACUAUUGGCUCAGUAAAACAAGAAAGUGGGGUUACCAUUCAAAAUCAAUGUAAACUCUUAUUUAUAAAACGAAAAAGUCUCAUUUUAUUUGGGAAAGCAGCAAAACCAAGAUUCUUAAAUUCAUGACGAAAUUGGUUCAAGUGUUUUAAUGUUUGCAUUCAAUUUUGCUGUAAUGAGCUAUGACAGACACUGGACAUUUUUUUCAAAGGUGUACAGUAUGGAAUAGCACUAAACAGAGUUUAAACAUUUCAAAUAUAUGUGAGACAGUAACUGUCUAUUUAAAAGAAGCUCCAAGUUUAAAGGACAUGACAGAUUUGAAUCGUUUUUGUAUUUUUGUAUAAACUUGUAAAUACAUUUUUAAAAGAAAACAAUGUUGAAAUUCUUUCUUUUGUAAAAUAACCAAAUAAAAGAAUGAAAGCAAACAAUUUGUCGGAUUAAUUCCAAUCGACUGUUGUUGUUGUUUGUUUUUUUUAGAACAGUCAUGGGCUAGAUGAAGAAAGUGAACACAAAGAUGAAAGAAGAAAUGCAAAAAGAGAAGAGAAUAGCGAUCCCUACCAUUUAUACUACACAAAUUCCCCACAAAGUCUCUUUACACAUGUCAGAGGCCUGGGGUUCGGUAUCUGAUAAUAAACUACUCAAGUACAGUUAUUCAGUAUUUGUGCUUCAUUUUCAUCCAAGCAUUGUUAAAUUCUAUUAAAAAC